AUGGAAAAUUCCAAAGGCAGUAUUCAAUCCACUCUUCCGACAGAAUCAUCUGGGGCCUCCGCACCUCCUCUCCCAACCAACCCGACGUGGAAAGACAUUGCGGCUUUGUUCCAGUCCCCGUUCUGGCUACCCGACGGUGAUCGGACAAUCGUCGGCAGUUACUGGAUCCUCAAAAUGCGGCCCUAUAACCUCAACCUCGAUCAAUAUCCAGAUGUUUCUACACAAGCUAAGGUCAUCUACGACGCAAUAUAUUCCGGCGAUAUGCCAAGGACAUACGACUCCACCGAGAAAUUCCCUCCGGAAGCGGUGGCGCUCUUCAAGACGUGGAUGGAUAACAACUGCCCGGAGUAG